ACUAUCCGCUCCCUGGAAGUUUAACUAUUUGAUGCUCAGAGCAUAGGACAACCAACUGGAAGGUCAGCCACCUGAGGGCACAUCCUAAGAGAACGAUUUGAACUCGCGUCUUUGAAAGCUCUCGUUUCUGGUUCAGUUCUUCCAACAAAAACAUGAAGCCUCGCCGGUCGAGCUGUACGGAUUCCGGAUCUGAAUCCUCAGAAAUGGACUCCCAGAGCCCGGAGAAAUACGAGUCGGCCAUGCGCCGAAGGAUGGCUGCAAAUGCCAGAGAGAGGAAGAGGAUGCAGGGCUUGAACACGGCCUUCGACCGUUUACGAAAGGUGGUGCCGCAGUGGGGUCAAGACAAGAAAUUGUCCAAGUACGAAACCCUGCAGAUGGCUCUCAGCUACAUCAUGGCGCUCAAUCGCAUCCUGACGGACACCAAGAAGCACAACGCUGCACAUGGGCAGUGGGUGGACUUGCAGUUUGACCGCGUGCAGCCUGACAACUAUCAGUACCUCAUGAGGUACGACUCCACGGGGCAGGACUAUAUCAACUCCUCUUUCUCAUAUCAGUUUGAGGGGGAUCAGCUCAACAUUUAAAAAAAAAAAAAAUAAUAAUAAUAAUAAUAAUCUGCCGUUUGGCAUGCAAAACAGUGUUGUAAGUGGCAACGUGAAAUCAUGUUUUUUUCUUCAAUUACGGAGACAGUAAAUACAUUUGUAUUGAUUUAUGUCUUUUCAUGAUCUUUGUUUGGUUAUCAAAAGGCUUCUUUUUUUAAGUCUUUGAUAUAUGUUUGCUGGGAUACCAAACAGGAUCUUCACUGCAUGGUAUGAAGUCAGACAUGUAGUGUCAUUAAAAUGACCAUUAGAUUGAACAUGCAAUUGUGUAUUUACGGCUGCUCUGAUUAUACAGCCUGGAAAUGUUGUGCAAUUUUAGUGCAUUCAGAGAAUCGUAGGUAGUAGUUGCAUAGCUGAAGCUAAUUUGUAACUAUUGGGCAGCUGGGGAACAAAAAAAAAAUUCAACUUGCAAUCUGUUGUUUUUCACAUGCUAAAUU